UAAAUAUAUAUAUUAGGGUGUCCUAAAAGUUUCUUUCUUAUCGCGUUAUGAAUUGUGCAAAUAUACAGGUUGAUCUAUUAGCCGUAUGUUAUCGGUUUCAGUCGUCCUAGAGUCUUUUACAGUACGUUUCGUUCGUGUCACAGUUUUUUUUUAAACUUUCAUCCACAGCGUUAAAAACGGGUAAAGAAAGGUGAUAUUUACGGUAUGUUAUGUUUUAUUGUUUCAAAAAAGAUGAUAGUGUAAAGAAUACUGUCGACAAGAUUUGUACCAUGUAUACGGGGAUGGUGUUAUAAUUAUUGCAAUCGUUUGCAAUUGAUUUAAAAAAAUUUAGAGGCGGAAAUUUUAAUCUGAAUGAUGAUGACUGGCAGCGGUCAUCCAAAAACGACGGAUACGGACCUUAUUAAGGCCAUGCUUGAUGAAAAUCCGCGAUAUAGUUUGCGCGAUAUAAUGAAUGCCAUUAGGAUUCUCAAAAUAACAGUGCAUAAUCACCUAACUAAGAUGGGAUAUGUUAAUCGUUGCGAAGUUUGAGUUUCGCAUUUACUGACAGAGACCACAUAUUGCAUUAGCGAUGUCCGUGAAUAGUUCAGAAAAAGGACACUUUCAUUGGGUUGAUUGGCUAGUUUUUACCAUUAUGCUAACCAUAUCCGCCGGCGCUGGCAUUUGGCAUUACAAGAGUGCACAACAAUCUUCCGUAGAGAAUUAUUUGCUCGGUGGAAGAAAACUUAGACUUUGGCCAGUUUCUGCAUCUCUAAUUGCCAGUUUCAUAUCUGGGGUAACAAUUGUUGGAGCUCCUGCAGAAAUUUAUAAUUUUGGUACACAAUAUUGGAUCACCGUGAUAUCUUUGCUUUUCUCCGGAAUAGUCGUUGCAAACAUUUAUUUGCCGGUCUUUGUAAACUUACAAUUAAACUCGGCAUACGAGUAUCUGGAAAUAAGAUUUAACAAGGGCGUUAGAAUUUUAAUAUCACUGAUAUUCGUUUUCGAUGCAGUUCUCUACCAAUCGAUAGUAGUUUACAUACCUGCGUUGGCAUUAAAUCAAGUAAGUGAUAUCAACACGCACAUCAUCGGCGCCAUUUUAUGCGGAGUGUGCGUCUUUUACACGGUUCUUGGUGGCUUAAAAGCAGUAGUUUGGACUGAUAUGCUUCAAGUUAUAAUAAUGAUCCUAGCCAUGAUCAUCGUGACUGUGUUAGGCACUUGGGAAGCCGGCGGUCCAUCCGAAAUAUGGCAGAAGGCGCGAGAAGCUAAUAGAAUAGAAUUUUUUAACUUCGAUUCUUCUCCAUAUACAAGACACACUGUCUGGAGUGUUUUAAUUGGUUCUUGGCUCUAUUCUACGGCGUACAUCGCCGUAAAUCAAACGAUGGUCCAACGGUAUAUAUCAUUGAGAACUAUGAAGACAUCUAAAUUAGCUAUAGGGAUAUCUAUUAUUGGCAUAAUUAUUUUUAUUUCGCUAUGUUGCUGGUGUGGAUUGGUUCUUUUAGCUUGGUGGUCACCACCAAAAUGUGAUCCAAGAGCUACUGGUUUAAUUACGGCCGAUGAUCAAUUACUUCCAGCUUUCGUAAUGCAAGCUGCUGGUUAUUUGCACGGUAUACCUGGCCUUUUCAUUGCUGGAAUUUUUGGGGCUGCCCUUAGCUCUCUAUCAGUAGGAUUCAAUUCCACUUCUGUAGUUCUUUUAGAAGACUUCGUGAAGAGUUGCUUUGGUCUACAACCAAGCGAACGUUGUUCAACGAUUUUAGUUAAAAGUAUAAUUAUCUUACUUGGUUUAUUCGCAUUGGCUUUUGUCUUUUUCAUCGAAACAUUGGGAGGCAUUUUAGUGGUUACAAACAGUUUAGCCGCAAUUGCCGCAGGAAUUUCCUUUGGAGUCUUCACUCUUGGAAUGCUUUUUCCAUGGACUAAUUCUCAGGGUGCAUUCGUAGGUGCCGUUGUGGGAUUUUUAAUAGCUGGUUGGGCAUGUUUCGGAGCAAAUAUAUCGAUCAGUGCCGGUGUCAUAGUACCUAAGAAGCUUCCGGUACCACUUGCUCAGUGUCCAGGAAAUAUAAGUCAAGCUUUCCUAAAUCAAUUUGUUUAUCAUAACGAAGAUGAUGUUUUUGCUCUUUACCUAUUGUCCUAUCAUUGGUUUUCCGGAUUGGGUACGCUUAUAGUAAUUGUAGUUGGAGGAAUAGUCACUUGGUUGACGGGACCAAAGGAUCCUUCUUAUAUCGAUAGAAAGUUGCUCUCUCCAGUAAUACAUAGGUGGUUACCUUAUCCAAAAUAUCAGAACGAGGAAUGGUAUCGAUCAACGACUGAACCCCAAUCUUCGGUAAAUCUUUUAUUAAAAAAUCUACCGAACAAAUCCAAACAUAAUGAUACGUUCAAAAAGAAAGAGAAUCAAAAUGACGUAGCAGUUUCUUGACUAUAUUGAAAUGCUGUAAAAAUGUAUAAAAAAUAUCGCUUAUAUUGAUUUUUUAAUUUUUUAUUACGUAGAAUGUAAAUGUAAUGUUAGAAUCUUAAUGACGCACUAACAUAGUGGGUAUAUAAUGUUAUAAAAAGAGAACGAAGUGUGAGACGAAGGAAAAAUAUAUUUUUAUAUGUUCGUAAA